GAUCUGCUCCCUUUGGACUUCAAGGCUCCCGCGAGUCAGCUCCAAAUAAGUUCCGCGCGCGGUCCUUCCAGAGGAGUCUCCUUCUGACUUCAUCAUUUCAUUCUUGUUUACCCUUACGGACACCUAAGGACCAUUACUCUGCGAGAAGUGUCAUAUUGGAGGAGGAGCCGGGAGCGAACCGUAACCCGGAAGCAGUAGCCUGGAAAUGCUCAUGCUUGCAGUACCUUGCGCUGAAAUGUUGCGGGCACAGAAGGCUCAGUUAUCAGUUCUCAGCUAAGAGAGAAGCAUCCUCAAGAGGUGGUCACAGGGUUGAGAAUGAAAAGCACUGAUCUUGGAAUAGACAAGCUGUUAUAAUACAAACUCUGCCUCUAUCCACUGCUGAGAUGAGUUUUCACCUGUGUGUUUGGCUUUUUCGGAAUCCGUCGUCUCUCAGUGCGUGCUCCCAGAGACAUGUCUUCCUCUAUGGUCAGCAAUUUAGACAAAUAAACCUUGAUCCAAGGCUGUGGAAUUUUAGACAAAACAAGACUCACGUUCUCUAUCAGCUCUUAAAUAAAAGUUGGUCCAGGGGCUACUGUCAAGGCACGAGGAAGCUUUGGAAACAUAAAGCCCUACAGAAGUAUAUGGAAGGCCUGAAUGACGAGUACCAAAGCCUUGACCAGUGCUUGCAGGACAUCUCUGAGGACGAAGGAGACCGAAGGGCCUCUCACAGAAGGCACGCUGAGUUGGCGCCACUCGUGGCUGUUUAUCACGAAAUUCAGGAGACUGAACAAGCCAUUGAAGAAUUAGAGUCAAUGUGUAAAAGUCUAAAUAAACAAGAUGAAAAGCAGCUGCAAGAACUUGUGUCAGAAGAAAGGCAAAUCAUUGACAAGAAGAUCCACAGACUGUGUAGUGAGCUUUUGGAGCAUUUAGUGCCUAAGGAGAAGUGUGACCGGAGUGAUGUUAUUCUAGAAGUGACAUCCGGAAGAACUACUGGAGGUGAUAUCUGCCAACAAUUUACCCGGGAAAUAUUUGAUAUGUACCAGAAUUAUUCAUACUAUAAACACUGGAGAUUUGAGCUGCUAAAUUACACACCAGCAGAUUACGGUGGACUGCAUCAUGCAGCUGCCCGCAUUUCUGGUGACAGUGUCUAUAAGCAUUUGAAGUAUGAAGGUGGAAUCCAUCGAGUUCAGCGAAUCCCAGAGGUGGGCCUGUCAUCUCGGAUGCAGCGUAUUCACACGGGGACGAUGUCAGUUAUUGUCCUUCCACAGCCAGAUGAGGUAGAUGUGAAAGUGGAUCCCAGGGAUCUGCGCGUAGACACAUUUCGAGCCAGAGGAGCCGGUGGGCAGCAUGUCAACACAACAGACAGUGCCGUGAGGCUCGUCCAUAUCCCCACAGGACUGGUGGUAGAAUGCCAACAAGAACGAUCACAGUUGAAAAAUAAAGAAAUAGCUUUGCGUGUGUUGAGAGCUAGACUCUACCAACAGAUUAUCGAGAAAGACAAGUGUCAGCAGCAGAAUGCUAGGAAACUGCAGGUGGGAACAAGAGCCCAGUCGGAGAGAAUUCGGACAUAUAAUUUCACCCAGGAUAGAGUCACUGACCACAGGAUAGCGUAUGAAGUCCGUGACAUUAAGGAAUUUUUACGUGGUGAGAAGUGCCUGGAUCAGCUAAUUGAGAGACUGCUUCAAUCAGCAGAUGAAGAGGCCAUUGCUGAAUUUUUGGAUGAAAGCCUUCAAUCAGUGAAAUAAAUGUGGUUUAUUAUUGUUAUAUAAAUGAAGUGGACUUUGAUCAGGAAACAGACAGGUGUGGAAACUAUAUGAAUAUUCAUAAAGUUUGGAUGCGCCCACAGAGUUUUUAUAGAAAUCAUUUUAAUGAAAGAAACUCACAUUUCUUGACAUAGACGUUUAUUUUAGAUUUCAGUAAGUAAUCCAACUCUCCAAGUAGAAAAUAAGCUUGUAACAUCAAAAAGAAAAAUAAAAUAUGGAAAAUUGAUGGUAUAAGAUGAA